AUGGUUCUAUAUGAACCAAGCGAGCGUGAAUGGGGGCGCUACACUGCCUUGAGCUACUGCUGGGGAAGAGACUCUUCAGGCAACGACAUUUUAACCACCAAAACAACUCCAAACAAUCUUGAGGACCGAGAGAAAUCUCUCCGGCUCGAGGGGGAAACCGCGCACAAAACAUUCACAGAUGCAAUCGCUAUCACGAGGGGGCUCCGCAUACCCUACUUGUGGAUCGACGCCCUCUGCAUCAUACAAGGCGACGGCGGUGACUUUGAAUCGGAGGCUAGCAAGAUUGCCGACUACUAUGGGCAUGCCAAAAUUACUCUUGCAGCGACAGACUCAACGGACUUGGAAAACGAGAUCAACUCGGCGCCGCUGAAUCAACGAGGAUGGGUGCUCCAAGAACGCAUCUUCUCUCAAAGGAUGAUCCAUUUUUGCAAGAAGCAGUUGAUCUGGGAAUGCAAGAGCCAAGUUGCUAGUGAGGACGGCCUGGUCGUCCUGAGCAAAAAUAGGAUUAGACGGUCAUUCGUACCAAAACCACUGUACCCCGCACGAGGUGUAUACGAAGAUUGGGACGAUAUCGUCCAAGGCUACUCCGGCAGGUUACUAUCCAAAGCCAAGGACAAAACGCUUGCCCUUGCUGGAGCCACGACACGCUUCAGGAAUCUCCUCUAUGAUAAGAAUACUCAUCGUCAUGAUGCCCCCCGACUAGGGUUGUGGGAAGGGGAUUUUCAUGCCGGCUUGCUUUGGAGAGGUCGUGAGCCCAGUGGCCGCAUUCAAGCCGUUGAGCUCAAGUCGAUCCCCUCUUGGUCUUGGAUGGGAUUUGAUGGACCCAUUACGUUCGACACCGAGCACCGGGGAUGUUUUCGGCCUCCAAGGACAAUCGAGAUGGCGAUGAAAGUUGACUGCGUGGAUGUUAAAUGGGAAGGCAAAGAGCUUACUUCAAAGGUCAAGUAUGCAAAACUGGACGUCUCUGGCAUAGUGAUUCCGUUCAGCUCGAUUCCAACAACCACCAAGGAAAUUUGGUGGGAUUCCUCAAGCUGGACAGAGAAAUAUAUGGACAAAAAUAUGUUUCUCCUCCUCGUCGCUCAAGUCCCAUACUGGUCAGGAUGGAACUCGGAGGGAAACUGGAUAUUUGCAACAAAGGAUUACUUUCUUAUCAUUGCCGAAAAUUUCAAGACUGGCGGAUUCUCUCGGUCUGACAAGUUCCACCGAGCACACAGAGCAUAUCUCGUCCUACGGUCUGCACUCGCCAUGUUUAAAAUGGUUUCACCUAAGCUGCUCCAAUUCGUCCUUGCCUUUAUCGCCAUUGGUGCUGUCCAUGCCAAUGCCAAAGACUGCUACCCACUUGACCCAUCCACCACAUUGAACACUUCAGUCUCCAUCGAGAUAUCUCUCCCUGCUUCUCUGUUGAGCAAGUCUACGGCCCCGCUCACCACAACAACAAAACCUGAACCUUCUACGACCUCUACGACCUCCUCUACUUCCUCGGUCACGGGCCCUGGGGAGGAAAUGAAUUGCGCCACAGACGGCGGUUGUUGGGAUUAUGAGAUCUGCUCAAAAGGCUCUUACAUUUACGACAGCGACAUUUAUUACUACAUCCCUUGGUUUCUUUGGGCUUGGGAUGGCUCUACUAGUUGGGCGUGGUGA